AUGACCGUCCAGAUCACGGUGCCCGACUGGGUCGUGCACCGCGGCGACGAGCGGUCGAAGCGGUCGACAAUCUAUAGUCUUUCUGUGCAUCCCGAUGGGUCGCGACUUGCGACCGGCGGGCUGGAUACCAAGAUCCGCGUGUGGGCCACCGCGCCGGUGCUCGAAGAACGCGCGGCGGAGGACGCGGCGGAGCCCCGGCUGCUGAGUACGCUCGCGCGUCAUACUGGUGCGGUGCUUGCGGUGCGGUGGUCGCAUUCAGGGCGCUACCUGGCCUCGGGCUCGGACGACACCGUCGCGCUGAUCUGGGACCUCGACACGUCGGGCAUCGGCAGCGGCCUCGUGUUUGGCUCUGCCGAGACGAAUCUCGAGCACUGGCGGCCGCACCGCCGCCUGCCGGGGCACGAGUCCGAUGUGACGGACGUGGCAUGGUCGGAGAACGAUGCGUACCUCGCCACGUCCGGCCUCGACUCGCUGGUGAUCGUCUGGUCGGGCUCGACGUUCGACCGCCUGCGCACCAUCCGGGGACACCAGGGGUUUGUCAAGGGCCUCGCCUUUGACCCGGUCGACCAGUUUCUCGCGAGCAGCAGCGACGACCGCACCGUCAAGAUCUGGCGCAUCAGUGACUGGGGCCUCGAGGCGUCCAUCACGGCGCCGUUUGAAAACAGCCCCAGCUCGACCUUUUUUCACCGGGGGUCCUGGACACCGGACGGCGCGAACCUCCUCGCCUCAAACGCAAUGAACGGGCCGGUGUUUGUCGCGAGCGUCGUCAGACGCUUGCAGUGGUCCUCGGACAUUUCGCUCGUCGGCCACGAAAAUGCCGUGACCGUCGCGGCGUGCAGUCCCCGCCUCUUUCGCACAGAGGGGGGGGGCGUCGCGACCGCCGUCGCGCUGGGGUCGCAGGACCAGGGCGUGUCUGUGUGGAUCACCGGCCACCCGCGGCCGGUCAUGGCAGCGCGCGACGUGUUUGAGCGCCAUGUGAUGGACCUGUCGUGGUCCAGUGACGGGUACACGCUGUAUGCAUGCUCGUCCGACGGCGCCGUCGCCUCUUUUGUCUUUACUCCUGCCGAGCUCGGCGAGGCGGUGCCCGAGGACGAGCUGCAGACGCUGCGCAAGGCGUACGGAUACGUGCCCAAGACGCGCGCCGCUCACUCCGCCUCGGCCGCGCUUCCGGGACGCGCAGGCGCACAGGAGCGCCCGCACAUGCUCACGGUGCGUCCCUCGGCGCCGGGCGAGCGCCUCAAGCAGCAAAUCUCGCGGAAUGCCGACGGAAAACGGCGCAUCCGCCCGACACUCCUCGCGGGCGACGCGGCGCCGGCCGACGCGUUUGCCGCACCGAGCGCCAAGCGCUCUGCCGACGUCCUCGCAUCCUUCCCGGGCGCAGGCGGGCGCGCGCUCGGCAGUGAAAAACGCGCGGCGCUCGCAGCCGAAUCACUCGCCGUAUCGCUACCGAAAAGCGGGCCAAGCGGCCUCCGUACGCCCAACGUGCAGACCGCGCUCCGUGUUCCGUGCACGUACGGCGCAGUGGACGUCCGCAACCACACCGAGCAGGCCUCUGAGAUUGCAUUGGUCGACAAGGACGAGCAGGUGCAGUGGCUCGAUUUUGUCCCGUCGCCCGUGGUCGGCGCCGUGGCAUGCGAGGCGUUUGUGGCCGCGUCGCUCGCGGACGGGACCCUCUUGUGGUACUCGCCCAGGGGGCCGCGGCUCAGCACGCUCGUGCUUUCCGUGCCGUGCCUCGAGCUUGCGUGCCACGGAUCGGUGCUAGGCGCCGUGUCGUGCGACGGCGAAGUCCGCCGCUGGGACGUGGCGCGCGGCACGGCGCUGCCGGGAUCGGCGCGCCUGCCGCACGGUGCAGACGUGCACAAGUUUUACGUGCAUACGAAUGGCGUGCCGGUCGUCGUCCUGAGCAACGCGCUGGCCGUGGGGCUCGACCCCGAAAAGAAUGCGCUGCUCACGCUCUCCUCCGCGUGGCUUGCGCAGCACUCGACCGCAUGGGACGCCACAGGCGCGGCGCGCGAGCCGGUGCGCAGCAUCGAGAGCGAGGUGGCUGCGCUACGCUCGACACACGCGUCUUCCGUCUCGACGCAUCCCGAGUUUGCGCUUGCGGCGACGCUCCGCCAUCUCGAGACGCGCAUCGCCGCGGCCGAGCUGCUGGAGAGUGCGAACGAGUACCGCCAGGCCGUGCAUGCGCUCGCACGCCAGCUCGCAGAGCAAGGUAUCCGAAACCAGGCCGAAGACCUCUUGCGCUCCUUGCUCGGCCCCAUCUACUACCAGCCGGGCGUGCAGCCAGCAUGGAAGGCGAGCGUGUGUGGCCUGCCGAAGCGCGAGCUCCUUGCGUCCGUCUUGUCCGUGAUGGGCACCAACAAGGCUCUGGCCGAGCUUGUCCAGCAUGUCGAAAGUCUGCUUCGUGCAGUAAGCACGUAG